UGUGUUCCCUAUGUCCUGGGAUAUUUGGCGGACCUGGGGCAGGGUCGAGAUGCCGCGGAGAGCACCGCCCAUGUCCGUCGCCAUGCUGUGCGGCAUCGUCCACGUGCUGUGGCGGCUCGGGCGGCAAGAUGCAGCGGUGCUCAUCCUGGUCGCCUUCCAUUGCUUGCUGCGGACGGGCGAGCUCAUGUCCAUCCGCGCCGAGCACGUGCUGAUCAAUGCGAGCCGCGCAGGCCUCGCCGCCCUGCCGUGGACCGAGAGCGGGGCCAGGAGAGGCGCGCAGGAGCUGGUCACCGUCGACGACCCAGUCGUGGGCCGCGCGCUGGCAUGGCUCCGCCAGCGGCAAGGCGCGGGGCCACUGCGGUUGGGCACAGGCGCGCAGUUCCGCCUGCUGUUCGAGCGGGCGUGCGUCCAGGCUGGGGUCGAGGAGGUUGGCCUCAAGCCCUACAGCCUGCGCCGUGGCGGUGCGACGCGCGACAUGUGCACCCGCGGUGACCUCGGGCGCGCCGUGCACCGCGGCCGCUGGUCCGACCUGCGCACGGCGCAGAUCUACAUCAACGACGGGCUGGCGGCGCUGGCGCAACGGCGAGUGCCAGGCACCACCACCACCGCGCUCCGCCAGGCCGUGCGGCUGCUCGGCGUGGGCGCGCGCCACGCGGCGGGCAGGCCCGCGCUGCCGCUGCUCGGGGACGAGGAGGGCGGCGGCGGCUCGUGGGUCCCAGCGGACGAUCAGGACGUCGUCCACGACGCCUGGGCGGACCUGCAGCAGCUGGCGCCCUGCGGCGGGCCAGCCGUGGACGAGUACCUCGAGGGCCUGCCCGCCCCGCGCGCCCUCGAGAUGGAGGGCGGCGCCAACGCCGUGCGCCUGCUCCGGCGGUCCUCCUUCGGCGGGAACCUCGGGCUCCUGUGCCGGGCGGCCGUCAACUCGAUGACGCUGGCGCCGGAGGGCCCCGUGCGGCGCGCCAUGAGCGCCCGGAGGGCGGGCAGCUGGCCGGACGUCGGCGUGGGCCUGUACCCCUCGGGCGCCAUGCUGAACCACUCCUGCGAGCCCUCGUGCCUGUGGUUCGUGCGCGGGGGCAUCCUGGUGGUCGAGGCGCUGCGGGGCGUGAGGCGGGGCGAGGAGCUGACCAUCCAGUACCUGCCCGUGAAUGGGCCCUUCCAGGCGCGGCGGCGCCGCCUGCAGGAGGCCUUCGGCUUCCGCUGCCUCUGCCGCCGCUGCGGGCGCGACGAGGCGCGCCACCGGGCCCGGCUCGCGGCGCAGCGGCGCCGCGCGGGAGGACCCCGCCGCACCAACCCGGGGCAGCGCAGCUCGCCCGCGCGGCCGGCGGCGAGGAAGAGGCCCGCGGGCGCGGCCGGCGGCGGCAGGGCGCCAG